AUGAGGCCUGAGAACCUCACAUCUGUCAUUGAGUUCAUCACCAGCCACCGAAGGUCCCAGAUCCUGCUUUUUGUUGUUAUCCUUCUCAUCUACACAUAUAUAGUCAUGGGAAACAUGUUGAUCAUCAUGCUGAUCUGGGCUGACCCUCAUCUCCACAUGUCCAUGUUUUUCUUCCUGAAGCACUUUGCAGGCCUAGAGAUCUGUUAUGUCACCACCAGCAUCCCCCAGAUGCUGGCUCACCUCCAGACUGGGAAUGGAAGAAUUUCUUUUAGACAUUGCACAGCCCAGAUGUAUGUCAGUAUGUGCCUGGGCACUGUUGAAUUCUUUCUGCUGAGUGUCAUGGCCUAUGACCGCUACUUGGCCAUCUGCUGUCUUCUGCUCUACACUAUUGCCAUGGGCAGGAGUAAGCAGCUGCAGCUGGUAUCAGCGUCCUGGGCAGGUGGCUUCUUCACUGCUCUUGUAUAUGUGGGCUGCGUCCUCCACCACCCCUACUGUGGACCCAACCACAUCAACCACUUCUGCUGCGAGUUGCCUCUUGUGCUGAAACUGGCGUGUGCAGAUACCCACAUCGCAGAGGCCAUCAUUUUUGUGUUUGCAGGGGUAGUCCUCAUAGGUACACUUGCAGCUAUCUUGACCUCCUAUGCACUAAUACUUUCCACUGUGUUACGGAUGAAGUCAGCUGCCGGAAGGCACAAGGCCUUCUCCACCUGCGGCUCUCACUUGCUGGUGGUCUCUUUGUACUAUAGUACUGUUAUUGCCACGUAUAUGAGACCCAGGUCACGGUCAUCUCCUGACCUGGACAAACAAGUUGCUGUCUUUCAUGUCAUGAUCAGCCCAAUGCUCAAUCCUGUCAUUCACACCCUGCGCAAUAAGGACAAUCAUGCGGCAGCGGUGAAAAUAUUGCAAAGAUGUUGA